CAGUCUGUGGGAGUUGCUGCGAAAAGGGUAGGCAGCAUCAUGGCGGACAGAGAUAGUGGAAGUGAGCAAGGAGGAGCAGCUAUGUGUUCUGCUGGUAGCUCCUUACACCCGGCAACGGGAAUAGGGAGUGGAGGAUCAGUUUUGCAACACGAGACACAAGAGCUAGCCUCUAAACGAGUGGACAUCCAAAACAAGCGUUUCUAUCUGGACGUAAAGCAAAAUGCAAAAGGCCGCUUCCUUAAGAUAGCGGAGGUAGGGGCCGGGGGCAACAAGAGCCGACUGACUCUCUCAAUGUCAGUCGCCGUGGAAUUCCGUGAUUAUCUGGGAGAUUUCAUUGAGCAUUAUGCCCAGUUGGGACCCAGCAACCCGGACAUAGCUCAGGAUGAGCCAAGACGAGCAUUGAAGAGCGAAUUUUUAGUGCGGGAAAAUCGGAAAUAUUACAUGGAUUUAAAGGAGAAUCAAAGAGGCCGAUUCUUGAGGAUUCGCCAAACAGUAAAUCGAGGUCCCGGUUUAGGAUCAACACAGGGGCAAACAAUUGCACUUCCAGCGCAAGGACUGAUUGAGUUCCGUGAUGCUUUGGCCAAGCUUAUCGAUGAUUAUGGGGUGGAGGAGGAGCCCGCUGAAUUACCAGAGGGCACCUCCUUGACUGUUGACAACAAACGUUUUUUCUUUGAUGUUGGCUCAAAUAAGUAUGGGGUAUUUAUGCGGGUGAGCGAAGUGAAACCCACUUACCGUAACUCCAUUACUGUCCCAUACAAAGUGUGGGCCAAAUUUGGUCAUACUUUCUGCAAGUACGCCGAGGAGAUGAAGAAAAUCCAAGAGAAGCAAAGAGAAAAACGGGCUUCUGAACAUCAACAGCAACAAGAAGAGGCCCAUGGAGACGAUGGGGAUGAUGAUUGAUAACUAGAAUAAUCUGAACCGUAAAGAAAAAAUAUAAACUGUUAACUCCAAGGGAGCACCGCCCACAAACCACAAACUGACAGAUCUGACUUGUUACACCCAUCGCUGGAUGUUGUCCACUUACCCACCGUAUAAACAGUAAGCAGCUGCUAAAACAAAGUAAUAACAUUAUAUAUGAACUGUUUCCUACUUGAUAAAAUUAUAAAGAAUUGAGUGUUUAUUUCCCUAAAUAACCAAGAACUUUUGUACACCUGCUAUUAUUAUUAUUAUUAUUAUUAUUAAAGUGUUUGCAAUUGUCGGAUUAUAAAAUUGCUGAAUUAUAUUAAGAAGGUCCUUUACAUGUGAGCUAACAUUGACUUUAGCACAGAGAUAUUUUAGAACACAUAAAUAUUUUUAGUUUUCUCGUUUUUGUUACCAAUUUGCAAACCUUACAUGGAGGUUAUUAGUAUGUUUGACACCCUAUUACACCUGUGAUUAGAGAUGUGUAUAUAAUAUGAGGGCUAGGCAUGCUGUUUGUCUAAGCUUUGUCUAAAUGUGUUUUGCAGAGGUUUGUAGAGUUUAAAGGUACAUAGGUUAACUCAUGCAAGGCAAAUAAAGUCCUCUCUUUUUAUAAUCCUCAUUGCAUCUGGACCUAGAACAUACAUGGUCAGUGGAAUUUAUGUGAACAUGAAGCAAAUUAUUAAAAAUACUUUUAAAUUAAA